AUGGGCGGUUCUAAUGAUGCGCUGACAAGAGCUUUCAUUCAAUGUGAACCUCUCAGAGAAACUUUAAAAGUACUGAAAGCUACCAAUGUAAUAAUAGCUGCAGUACCGCAAUGGAGAUGUCAUAGGCCUGUUUUAAAUAACAUUAUAAGAGAUAUAAAUGACCAGCUGCAACGAAUUUGUGAACAAAACGGAGUUCAACUUCUUAAUCUAAACCCAAAUCUACAUCACUACUACAGGGAGAGGUCCAAUGUACUGAAUAAUAAGGGUAAACGCAUCAUUUGCAAUAACAUAAAAUUGUUGGUAAGCACAAAGAGACCAAGUGAAUCUUCCAUAGAAAGUGAAAUACAGAACGGAACAAAAACACAUAGGGAUAUAGGGACUGUAGGAAGCAUGCACCAUCCGAAAAUCAAUUAUCAAAAUAUAAGAGCACCCAAAUCAUCAUUUCCAAAGUUGAUUGGAAACCAAAACCGAGGAAAACUUUGA